CUAGCCCCUCCCACCUCCUCACAAAGAGAACUAGAUAGAAGGCAGGCUUUAACUUUCCCAUGCCUGCUGCUUCUAAGGGCCUUCCCCCUACUCCCCUCUUACACACACACUUACUUCUUCCUCCCACCUCCUCACACAGAGAACUAGAUAGCAGGCAGGAUUUAACUUUCACAUGUCUGCUGUUUCUAAGGGCUUUCCCCCUACUCCCUCUCCCACCUCCUUACACUUAGAAGUAGAGAGCAGAGGGGCUUGAUCGUUCCCCUGGCUGCACCUUAGGGCUUUCCCCUCUUACACGCACCGACACGGAGCUUUCUCCCUCCCACCCCCUGGCACAGAGAGGUAGGUAGCAAGCAGCUUUAGCUUUCCCUGCCUGCAUCUCUCCCCCUCCCCUGUUACACACAGGCACACCCGGGGCUGAAGCUCCCAUGCAGGUAAAGGCACAAAGGCCACUGAAGGGCCAGAAUCACAAGUCACUGUGAUUGGACAGAUUUGAAAACUUUUUUUUUUUUAAGGGAGGCAUUUAAAUUCAAGCCCAGAAGAGGAGAGCAAACAUGGCUGCCCUGUGGACCUGUCAUUGAUUGCAUGAUAAUGCCAUAAAUGUCAUCAUGUCUGUCACCGUCCAUGAAAAUCGCAAAUCACGCACCAGUACAGGAUCCAUGAAUAUCUCAUUAUACCAUAAACUCUCACACUCUGACUGUGUUUUAAACCACCUAAACACCAUGCGAAAACAGCGGCUCUUUACCGACGUGACACUGUGGGCUGGAAACAGAUCUUUCCCCUGUCAUCGCGCGGUGCUGGCAGCCUGCAGUCAGUAUUUUGAGGCCAUGUUCAGCAAUGGCUUGCGAGAGAGCCUGGAUAACACAGUAAAUUUCCAUGACAGCCUUCACCCAGAGGUACUGGAGCUCUUACUUGACUUUGCUUACUCUUCCAAAAUUAUCAUUAAUGAAGAAAAUGCCGAAUCUCUUCUGGAAGCUGGAGAUAUGCUUCAGUUUCAUGAUAUACGGGAUGCAGCUUGUGAAUUUUUGGAGAAGAACCUUUAUCCCUCAAAUUGUUUGGGAAUGAUGAUUUUGUCAGAUGCACAUCAGUGCCAGAGACUGUACGAGCUGUCCCUGAGAACGUGCUUAUCCAAUUUUGCAACUUUGCACAACACCGAAGACUUCUGCAGUCUUUCAAAGGACAUGGUGCUUGACUUGAUCUCCAGCGAUGAACUUGAGAUUGAGGAUGAGCAGGUUGUUUUUAAUUCUGUACUACACUGGGUAAAGGAGGACUUGGACAAAAGGAAGGAUUACUUUCCAGAACUGUUGAGAAAGGUAAGGCUGGCUUUGCUCCCGUCUGAAUUACUGAAGGAAGCUGUGGUUUGCGAGGAUUUAAUUAUUGCAGAUGAGAGGAGCAAAUUAAUCAUGGAUGAAGCUGUUGUCUGCAAGAAGAAGAUACUUCAGAACGAUGGAGUAGUAACAAGUCUGUGCGCCAAACCACGGAAAGCAGGUCACACUUUACUUAUUUUAGGAGGACAGACUUUUAUGUGCGAUAAGAUUUAUCAAGUUGAUCACAAGGCCAAAGAAAUUAUUCCAAAAGCCGAUCUUCCAAGUCCAAGGAAAGAGUUCAGUGCCUGUGCCAUUGGGUGUAAGGUCUAUGUAACGGGUGGACGUGGUUCUGAAAAUGGGGUGUCUAAAGAUGUUUGGGUUUAUGAUACGAUCAAUGAAGAAUGGUCAAAGUCAGCCCCAAUGCUGAUUGCAAGGUUUGGGCAUGGCUCUGCUGAACUGGAGAACUGCCUUUAUGUCGUUGGAGGGCACACAGCAGUUGCGGGAGUUUUCCCAGCCUCUCCAUCUGUGUCAUUAAAACAAGUUGAAAAGUAUGAUCCAUUAACAAAUAAAUGGACGAUGAUGGCACCAUUGAGGGAUGGUGUAAGUAACGCAGCUGUGGUCAGCGCUAAGCUUAAGCUCUUUGCCUUCGGAGGCACUAGCAUACAUCGAGAUAGAGUCUCCAAAGUGCAGUGUUAUGACCCUGAUGAGAACAGAUGGAGUAUUAAAGCCGAAUGCCCACAGCCAUGGCGUUACACUGCUGCAGCAGUGCUAGGAAGUCAGAUUUUUAUCAUGGGGGGUGACACGGAAUUCACAGCAGCUUCUGCAUAUCGCUUUGAUUGUGAAACCAACCAAUGGACAAGAAUAGGAGAUAUGACUGCAAAACGUAUGUCGUGCCACGCGUUGGCUUCAGGGAAUAAAGUGUACGUGGUAGGAGGUUACUUUGGGACGCAGCGGUGUAAAACGUUAGACUGUUAUGAUCCAACUUCAGACUCCUGGAAUAGCAUCACCUCAGUGCCUUAUUCUCUUAUACCGACUGCUUUUGUUAGCACUUGGAAGCAUUUGCCGGCAUGAGCAGGUCUGUAGAAUAAAGAGCUAAACGGAUGCCUUCUAGUUUGUUGGUGCUCUGUCAGUUUCCUGCAUCUGCCUUCAUGGUGCAAAAACACUUCUAGAUCUAGCGGCGUGAUUUAAAGGAAGCUCACCAUCAAAUGAACUUGUAAUUUAUGCAGCUAUGCAAUUGGUCUUAAUCUUUUAUUUCCCUUUCAAUUUUGUGUCUUUCUAGAGUUAAUCUUUAAAUGCUCAGGUCAAUAACCGCGGCCAGGCUGGAAAGGUUACUUGGUUAUUUUUCUCUCUUUCCAGUCCUUCCCGCAUUCAGCCUUGAUUCUGACUUUGAAGUCGGUGCUAGGGUCACUGACCCAUUCAACCAGAUAACAGUAACAGUCAAUAAUAAUACCAGGAUUCUCCAGCUGGGGCCUGCAGUCCAGUGGUGUUCCAGUAGAAAUUGAUGGCCUUUUUAAUUGACUUAACUAUAUGGCAAUUAUUUUUAUUAUAAUCUGGCUCCUGAACAUGUGCCAUGGUGCGCAAUUAGUCCACUGUAUGAAGAAAUUCCGCACUGCUAUCCAUCAUAUUUAACUACUCUUUUAUUAGAGUUUUUUCAUAAUGCUCCACAUAAUGGGAAAACCUGUAAUUUGGUAAUAAAUAUUAAGAGUCUAAUUUUGUUAAUAUAUAACAUGAGAGCAACAAAUAGGGUUUGUGCUGAACAUUCCUUUUGCCUUUUAUUAUAAUCACAAAUUCACAAUCUAUGAUGAUUGUUAUUUCUUGAGCUAAACAGGGCACAUAGGGAAACUGAGGGUAUUCCACGGCCCCGUAUACAACCCCUUACUUACAGCAGAAGUCCACUAUGCGGGCGAAGGGGUAUUACUUGGGCACUGGAUUAGCUUAAGAAAUAAUAAAAAUAUAGAUUUCAGCACAAGCCCUAUUCAUUUCGCUCAUGUUGGACCAUGGAGUACCCUGCCCCUCAAAUAGUGCGAUUAUUCCCUUUCUUUGUGCUACUAUAAAAAUUAAAUUAGGCACAUAUUAAGGAAGUGUAUUGUUACAGAAUGUUAUUUCUUGAUGUUUCAUGCAUGGAAUUAACAAACCCCAAAGCCAUAAAUCAAGUGGUCUCCAA